CACGGAUCCUCUCCUUUGAAUGAAGGUCUGACUCUCAGGUGGAUGGAAAAAUUUCGGGACGGAGGAGAGCAGCUGCGUUUGUUGGCAUCUGGCCUGGGAUGACCCACGGUUUCCUUGCCCCAUUGCCCCUGGAGCGAGUGAGCGGUGGGGACUUUGAGGCCUUGCCCAGAGUGGCAGCUUGGCUUGGAAUGGCCCCGUGAAGCAGUGCAGCUUCUGUUGCUAGCUGAGAGAGCUGAAUUCCUUCCCCAGCUCGGUCCCCCCCUCCGCUCCUCCCGAGGCAGAGCUGGGAGCUGCACAGCUGGACGCUGGAUUCUGGAGACGUCUCCCUGUGGCUGCAGUAUCUGAAGAUGUUUGUGCUGGGUCCCCCAGGAGGACAGAGCUGAGGAUGAACCAGCCGGGACCGUGCGCCCGUCAGCGCUGGGGAGAGAAGCACCAGGGCUUCGACGUGCUGUACCACAACAUGAAGCAGGGGCAGGUCUCCACCAAGGAGCUGGCCGACUUCGUCCGCGAGAGGGCUACCGUGGAGGAGACCUAUGGCAAGUCCAUGGCCAAGAUGGCCAAGAUGGCCACCAAUGGCACGCAGCUCGGGACUUUCGCACCGCUCUGGGAGGUGUUCCGGGUCUCCUCUGACAAGCUGGCGCUCUGCCACCUGGAGCUGGUGAAGAAACUGCAGGACCUGCUCAAGGAGAUCGCCCGCUAUGGGGAGGAGCAGGGCAAAGCACACAAGAAGUCCAAGGAGGAGGUGUCGGGGACCUUGGAGGCCAUCCAGCUGCUGCAGGGCGUCGCCCAGCUGGUGCCCAAGUGCAAGGAAAAUUAUCAGAGCAAGUGCCUGGAGGCCGAACGCCUGCGCCGGGAGGGGACCAACCAGAAGGAGAUGGACAAGGCCGCGCGGAAGUCGAAGAAGGCGGCUGAGGCCCUGCGCCGCACAGUGGAGAAGUACAAUGUCGCCCGGGCCGACUUUGAGCAGAGGAUGCUGGACUCGGCUGUGCGGUUCCAGCAGCUGGAGGAGAUCCACCUGUGCCACAUGAAGGGGCUGAUCAGCUCCUACUCGCACUGUGUGGAGGACACGCACGUUCAGAUCGGACAGGUGCACGAGGAAUUCAAGCAGAACGUGGAGAACAUUGGCAUCGAGACGCUGCUGCAGAGAUUCGCCGAGAGCAGGGGCACUGGGCGCGAGAGGCCGGGUGUGCUGGAUUUCGACGAGUGCAGAACAGCCCCAGCGCAGGAAGGGCCCAAGAGGAGCCUCAGCAAAGCCUUCCGCAUCCCCGGGCUGAGCCGGAGAGACCGAGAGCGAGAUGCUAUGGAGUCCCCAGACACUGACUUGACCUGCCCAGAUGUGGAUGAGGAGGGAUUCACUGUACGGCCUGACAUCAACCAGAGCAGCUCGGGCGGGACCCACGGCUGCUCGUCCAGUGACUCGGACUACGAGGACGAGGACGAGCCCCGCAAGUUCUACGUCCGCAUCAAGCCCCUGCAGCCCUGCGACACCGUGGGCGGUGGCCAGGCCGCCGUGGAGCAGCUCAAGGCGAUGGUGGGGAACCUCCCCCUGCCCCCCAGCACUGGGAGCACAGUGAAGAGACAGACCUGCAGUUCCAGUCCCGGGGCCCCUGUGAUGCCUCCAUGUGGUUAUUCUCCAGGACACUUACCGGUAGCGACGACCGUCACGGUGGACAUGGGCUCUGACGUGGCCCUGGGUACAGGUGAGGAGCCUGGGAAGCCGCAGUCCCCCCACCCCGCAGCGUGGACUCCCAGCUGCGCAGGGAAGCCCCGGCUGGACACAGCCCCUUCCGCAGCCCUGUUUGGGCCCCCGCUGGAGUCGGCCUUCGAAGCGGAGGAUUUCCCAGGUACGCGUGGGCUGCCGGUGCCCACCUCACAGAAGGGGAAACUGAGGCACAGGAGGGCGGCCUCGCGAGCCUGCGGCCUGGCCACCAGCCCAUCUCCCUUCUCCUCCUCGUCUCCUGAGAACGUGGAAGACUCGGGGCUGGACUCCCCUUCGCACCCCCCCACGGGCCCCUCGCCGGACUCCAGGCCCUGGACGCCCCAGAGCCCCCUUACCAGAUGGGCCGCCAAGGGGUCCCCGCGGCUCCAGGAGGAGCGGAGCGCCCUGCCCUCCACGACGGCCACCUCGGAGGAGCAGAGCGCCUGGCUGCCCCCGCCCGCCAGCCCCACGGGGCGGCCCCAGGACACCCCCUGCUUUGCCGCCUUCGGCUCCGAGCCCAACGGGGAGGACUCGGGGGCAGGGUCUCAGCACGACUCCUGCUGCCCCAGCGCCACGGCCCCUUCGCCUGACCCCUCCGGGGACCCCCAGGCCUGGGUGGCCAGGCCUCCGAGUCCCAUCGCGGAGGAGGCCUUGCAGCCCUGCAAGCAUGGGGCCUGCCCCCCCUCCAGCUCCUCGUCCUCUCCGGUGCCCCCCAGCUGCAGGGAGCCCUCUGGCCCCAGGUUGUCAGACAGCAGCUCUCCGGUGGUUCCUGAGCUCCAGACUGAGCCCGAUCCUCCCCCUGCGCCUGCCCCACUCAGCACCGCCCCCAAGGUGGCCCCCCCACGGCGAUCCAGGACAAAGAGGCCCUUGACGGGGCAGGCUGCCUGCAGCCACAGUGACCCGUCCCGCUCCCUGAGCCCCUCUCCCCUGUGGAAUUCUGGCCCUUCCCACUCCGCUCCGGCCAGCCUGGGCGAGCGCAGCUUCUUCAUGGUCUCGCAGGCGGCGCUCGGGCUCUCCCGAGGCCCCAGCCCCGUGGUGCUGGGAUCCCAGGAUGCACUUCCUGUGGCAACCGCCUUCACUGAGUACAUCCAUGCCUACUUCAAGGGGCAGGACCCCGACAGCUGUCUGGUGAAGAUCACGGGCGAGCUCACCAUGUCCUUCCCUGCCGGCAUCAUCCGCGUCUUCAGCGGGAGCCCAGCCCCGCCCGUCCUGAGCUUCCGCCUGCUCAACACGGCGCCCAUCGAGCAGUUCCUGCCCAGCGCCGAGCUGCUGUACAGUGACCCCUCCCAGAGCGACCCCAGCACCAAGGACUUCUGGCUGAACAUGCCGGCGCUGACCGGGCACCUGCAGAAGCAAGCGGAGCAGGCUCCAGCCGCCUCCUACUACAACGUGGCCCUUCUCAAGUACCAGUUCUCCAAGCUGGGCCCAAGCACGGCCCCCCUGCAGCUGGCUGUGCGCUGGGACUGCUCCGCGGCCGCCACCCAGGUCAGCGUGGAGUACGGGUACAAUGCCGGUGCCAUGGCCGUGCCCAGGCCCCUCACAAACGUCCAGGUGCUGCUGCCUGUGGAGGAGCCGGUCGCCAAUGUGCGGCUGCAGCCUGCUGCCAGCUGGAACCUGGAGGAGAAGCGGCUGUUGUGGAGGCUGCUGGACGUUCCUGGGGCCUCAGAUCGUGGCUGCUGCGGCCACCUCUCCGCCAGCUGGGAGCCCCUCUAUGGCCCCAGCAAGCCCAGCCCCGUGGCUGCCCAGUUCACCAGUGAGGGCAGCACCCUGUCGGGCGUGGAGGUGGAGCUGGUGGGCAGUGGGUACAGGAUGUCGCUGGUGAAGAAGAGAUUCGCCACAGGCAUUUAUCUGGCUGGCUCCUGACUGGCUGCGCUCGUCCCCCUGUUCAUUCCUGGUUUUAAAGCCCCAGCGGCCAUUCACUUGUUCAGCCGCUUGCUGCCCCUGGGAGUUUCUCUGCUGUUGGAUUUUUAAACACUGGAACAAAGUCAGAUCUGGGGGGAGGGGAGUGGGGCUCCGGCCCCUGGCCCAUGAGACUGGCCACCACGGGUGGGAGGAGCGAUGCUGCUGGGAUCAUGCUGGGCUGGGGGUCUGGCCCCUGGAUGGGACAAGCGGCUCAGAGUUGCACUGGACAGAGAACAGCCCUGCCCGCUAUUUGCCUAACUCCUCCCCUGCCCCCCACCGGCCAAGCUGGGGUCUCCGGGCUGUAUCUGGGUUGUCCCUUGGUGAUGGGAUGGUCCAGGGCAUUCCACUCUGCCAGCUGCUGGGUGGGGGAGGAAGGGGACUUGGGGGGGGGGGGUUGUCACCCUUUUAAUAAACACUUUAUUUUCUAAUAAAAUGCCCUGUCUGCUUCCGC